AUGGUUGGAUCUCAUCAGCAUGUUGCCUCCUUGCGAUUGGCUCAAGCAGCCAUUUUCAAUGGGAAAGGCUUUGAGGAUGCUGCUGGGUAUGCUCGAUAUCUUCUCAAAUUCCAAGAUCGUGCUCUAUGUCCUUCAAUCACUCUGGAUCCAACCAGGUUUAACAGGUAUGGAAUGGAUGUUCCACGUCUGAUUAAUUCCUUAGGUUGGAAGGAAAUCCUCCCCAAUAGGAAUUUUGGCUUUCGACCUGCGGUUGUCAGGAUGUUUUAUGCAAACAUGAAGCCCUGCUUCCAAAUCUCUCUACCAUGCUUUACUACGAUAGUUUACAACUAUCUGAUCACUAUCAAUGUGGAGCUCCUAUCACUCCUCCUUGGGAUUCCUGUUGCUGGGGCAGAAGUCCAAAACGAGUCUGAUUUCCACUCUGUUGGGUUCAAUGAGGGGGAUGCCUUGCGCCUGUAUGCUCGUGAUACUGGCCGCUAUUAUCCUUCUGAUUUCCAUUCUGGGAGACUCCCUGAUGAUCUAAAGGUGCUCAACUAUUACAUCACUAGGGCUUUUCUACCUCGCUCCCAUGGCCUGAACAAACUUUACCCCUCGGAUCUGUGGAUUCUUGCCAGUGCAAAAGAAAAUCGCGUCAUCAGCUAUCCUCACCUCAUGUUCGAUCACAUGAUGAACUAUCACGAUGCUUACUAUGAUGAAGACCUCCCUUUUGCACCUCAGAUGACGCAGAUCCUUUUGGCCCUGGGCUUGGACUUGCGUUUCAAGGUAGCUAGGGUUGAUAUCUUAAGCUCUCUCCGUGCUCAGUUUGUGCUCCGCAAAGUUGAUGCGUCAGUUGGACGUCGUCGUUCAUUAGUCAAUUCUCCAGGGGGAGAAGCAGCUGACCAUGCAGUUCCCCCUCACGAGGAUGGACUCAGCCUUGCAGACCUUGGAGAAGAAGAGGCUAAGGAAGCACCUGAGCCAAAUAAUCGUGCAAGGGUGAUGAGGGAUAAUGGCAAACAAGCGUUAGUGCAUCCUUUGGAAGUCAUUCAAGCUAUGUUCCGUCUGGAAGGGGAAGCAAGUAGCAGCAGAGAUCAGAUGCAGGAAGAUGAAGAAGGCAUAUCUGAUUAUGUCUCUUUGCCUGAGUAUGGGUUUUAG